AUGUCUUCCUCCACUCCUCCAAUUGUCGACCUCCACACACAUAUGUACCCCCCCUCAUACAUCAAUUUGCUCUCCUCGCGCACUGCAGUCCCAUACAUCCACCAACCUUCCGACCCCAACGCCGAUCCCAGACUGAUUAUCCUGGCCUCAGACGACGAUAACUCCCGACCCAAAUCUUCCCGCGGUCGUCCCGUCGACAGCUCCUACUCGUCCUUCGACCAGAAACGACAAUUUAUGCGAGCCCAUGGCAUCAACUGCAGCGUCAUCAGCCUAGCGAACCCGUGGCUGGACUUUUUGAACCCGGAUUCCGCGCUGUCCACGGCCCAAGGCAUCAACGAUGACCUCGAGCGAGCCUGUGCCGAGAACAAUCGAUCUGAGGCAGACUUAAAACUCUACGCCUUCGGAUGCCUCCCGCUGUCCGCGCCGGCAGAUGACGUCGUCACAGAGAUCUAUCGCCUCAAGACCCUACCACACCUCAAGGGCGUGAUCAUGGGCACAACGGGCCUGGGGAACGGCCUCGACGACCCGGCCUUGAAUGACAUCUACUCUGCACUCUCGAGCACCUCCACCCUCGUCUUUCUCCAUCCGCACUACGGCCUCCCGGACUCUGCCUUUGGGGGGCCCGAUAUCAUUGCGAGAUCUGGUCACGUGCUGCCUCUGGCCCUUGGCUUCCCGCUCGAAACCACCAUCGCCGUCUCUAGAAUGUAUCUCUCUGGCGUCUUCGACCGACAUCCCCAGCUCCAGUUUCUCCUGGCUCAUUCGGGCGGCACGCUGCCGUUUCUAGCUGGGCGUAUUGAAUCCUGUGUCGCUCACGAGCGUGAGUUCAUCGCCAACGGUGGCCACAAACAAGGGCCGCAACGGUCAAUUUGGGACGUGUUGAAUUCCAAUGUUUACCUCGAUGCGGUGAUUUAUGGUCGACCGGGGUUGACAGCGGGGAUUGAAGCCGCCGGAAGCGUGGAUCGGGUCAUGUUUGGAACGGAUCACCCUUUCUUCCCGCCUUUGGGCGAUGACAGGAGGGUCAAGUGGUUGAGUGUGGAGAGCAAUCGAGGGGCUAUCAAUGCGUCCUUUCCUCAUGAUGACGAAGCAAAACGGAAGAUAUUAGGCGGGAAUGCGGUGAGGGUGCUUGGGUUGGACUUAUGA